AUGCAUAAACUAUCAUCGAAGCUCAUUAAAACUCUCAAACUAGACUGCAAAACCAUAAAACAAGUCCACCAAGUCCAUGCCCAAGCUAUCACAACAGGCCUCAUUUCUUUCCAUCCUCCUACUCCCUUCCUCGCUCAAAUCCUCCACGCUUUCACUUGCCUCCUCGCAACUUUUUCGCCCUCCAUCUCCACCGAUCCAACUUUCUCAUCCUAUGUCACUACCCUCUUCAAUCUCAUUCCUGACCCAUCAACAUUUUGCUACAACACAAUCGUUAGGGCCCAUACCCUCCUCUCUUCCCCUGAAACAGCCUUGGCUUUGUACGCUAAAAUGUGCCAACUCUCCAUCCCACCUGAUACCCACACCUUCCCUUUUGCCCUUAAAGCUUGUGCCCGGAUGAAUUCCUUUUCACUUGCCAAAGCCCUCCACUGUCAAGCCCUCAAACUCGGGUUUAUAGCUGAUUUAUUUGUUUGUAACAAUCUCAUUCACGUGUAUUCUACUGCCGGUGAUGUUCACAGUGCGUAUAAGCUGUUUGACAGGAGUUCCUACAGAGAUACCGUUUCAUAUAAUGCGAUGAUUGACGGAUUUGUUAAGGCUGGUGACACCGUGAAGGCGAGGGAAUUAUUUGACCAGGUGCCUAAAAAGGAUGCAGUUUCUUGGGGUACCCUUUUGGCAGGGUAUGCAAAACUGGACCGGUCCAGGGAGGCUAUUGACCUCUUUGAUCAAAUGCUUGUGUUAGGAGUUAAGCCUGAUAAUAUCGGACUGGUUUGUGCACUUUCGGCUUGUGCACAGCUGGGAGAACUGGAAAAGGGGAAAAGAAUACAUGAAUACAUCUUGCAAGAUAGGAUUCAAAUCGAUGCGUACUUGGUCACUGGUUUGGUGGAUUUGUAUGCCAAAUGCGGGUGCAUUGAGACUGCUAGGGAGUUGUUCGAGUCCAGUCGUGAAAAGAACUUGUAUACAUGGAAUGCAAUGCUGGUUGGAUUUGCCAUGCAUGGUCAUGGAAAGCUCUUGUAUGAUUACCUCACCAGAAUGGCUGAUGCUGGUAUAAAACCAGAUGGGGUGACAUUUCUGGGCGUAUUGGUGGGGUGUAGUCAUGCAGGUCUAACCAAUGAGGCUAGGAGGCUUUUCACCGAGAUGGAGGGUGUUUAUGGAGUCCCAAAGGAACUGAAGCACUAUGGUUGCAUGGCGGAUUUGCUUGGACGCGCAGGCUUGAUUGAAGAGGCUGUGGAGAUGAUAGAGAAAAUGCCCAUGGGGGCAGAUGUUUAUGUGUGGGGUGGUUUGCUUGGAGGUUGUAGGAUGCAUGGCAACACUGAGGUUGCUGAGAAAGUGGCACAGCGUGUGAUAGCCAUAAAACCUGAAGAUGGUGGGGUAUAUUCUGUCUUAGCCAAUGUUUAUGCAAAUGCAGAGAGGUGGGAUGACUUGGUGAGGAUGAGGAGAUUGAGUGAUAGAACAAGGGUCAAUAAAAGUGCCGGUUGUAGCUUGAUUCAAUUAAACGGGGUAUCACAUGAAUUUGUUGCUGGGGAUGAUGCUCAUCCUCUUGCUGAGGAGAUACAUUUGGUUUUAAAUGUACUUGAGCAGCAUAAAUCUGAAGCUGUCUGUUAAAGUUUGA